AUGACCGAAUUUCUGAUUAAGGACGAGGAUUUAAGCAGCCUCAAAGGCAAGGUUGUUGUCCUUACAGGCGGCUCGUCAGGCAUAGGUUUCGCAACAGUCAACCUGCUGCUGUCACUAGGAGCGUCAGUGGUGAGCGGCGAUCUUAACCCACCACCGGCCUCCGAGUCGACAGAAACGCCUGACUUGCUAUUUGUGCGGACCGAUGUGGCUAAAUGGGAUGACCUGACCGCUCUGUUCAAGAAAGCGAAGGAGCACCAUGGCCGCAUCGACUGCGUUUUCGCCAACGCCGGCAUCGGCCCGCGCGCCAACUACUUGGUUCUUGAGACAGAUGACCAGGGUGGGCUAAAGGAACCCUCGCAUGAACUGUUGGAUAUCGGCUUGAGGGGUCUCAUCAACACAGCUUCUCUUGCGGUUCACUAUAUAAAGGAUCAACCUGAAGGUGGUAGCAUUGUGCUCAUGGGCUCUAGCACCGGGCUACAGCCACUUCGAGCAGUCGACUAUUCCACGGCCAAACAUGGCGUCCUUGGGUUCGGCAGAGGGUUUGCACGGCUUGCGGAGAUCGCGGGGCUUCCCAUUCGUAUCAACACUCUGAUGCCAUCAUGGACAACGAGCAACGUCCUCCCAGACUUAGAGGGGCUCAUGAAAGCGAUUUCCCACGUGCCGCAGCCUGCUCUGGUAGUUGCGCGCGCUGCCGUUUAUCUGAUGGCAGAUACAUCCAGACAGGGAGACGCAAUUUUUGUGGCUGAUGGUAAGUACAAGGAAAUCGAAAAGGCUGUGCUUUUGCCCGCCUACGAAACCAUUAAAGGAAAGGGAAACCCUAGCGAUGAUGAAGUUUUGAAACGCCUUUUGGAAUUACCUGCGCAAUAA